AUGAAGCCAUUUAAACGAAGUCAUUACAGUAAGAGUGGGUGUAAGGAGUGUAAGAGACGUAAAAUCAAGUGCGAUGAAGGGAAGCCAAACUGUUGGCAAUGCGACCGGUUGAAGAAGCAGUGCCAAUACCCUGCUAAGGGAGAAAAGGUUAGAAGGGAGGGGCUAAAUAGAAUUGAAAAAAACAACUGGAAUGACAAGAAUAGAAUCCCACAGCAGCCUACUCCAAAUAACCCCUCUACUUCUCAAAGCUCUAGAGGAACAUCCACUGUCAAUACCCCACUACUUAAUCCGGAAAAUGGGAUUGACACACAUAGCAAUACCAUUGGGACUGGUAACGUAAACGAUUCCACGCAUAGUGGUCAGAAAAGGACCUCAACUUCUUCAAUUAUGAACUUAUUGAAUGAUAACAGUGCGUUAUCACUUCCAGAGAAGGGGCAGACGGAGUACCUGGCAACUCAAGCCCAGGGGCUCCCGAGCUUCCAGCCACUACAUCCUCAAGUGCACCAGCUCCCAGCAAUACCGCCUAUUCCAACACAAGCUUCCACGAUUGCGAACCAGUCAUUCAGAGCCAAUGAGGCAAGCUUACCAGUGCAGCAGCACCCAUCCAACAACGAUGCCCUUAAUUUGUCUCCACUUCCCUCGCUAGUCAAUGAAGGUUUCUCUAAAGACGAUCUAGACCUUCUCGCGUCAGAUUUAAACAACAUUGUAAACAAUAUAAUGUUUGAAUCCAAGUUCGAGAUCAAGGGUGUUGCUAGCGACUUUGACUUUGGUAGUAUAUCUUCUCCGACCUACCAAAAAACCUACAAUAUAACAACCGAAGGGAUCGAUAACACGAAUAAUGGAAACCCUGACCCCAAUAAUGAUGCCACUACAAAUUCAAAUCCCAACUACCAGCGUCUAAUGGCCUCUAGCCAACCUCAAAAUAGUCCUGUAUCGAGAACAUAUUCGCCAGUCUCAGUGGGCUCGUUGAACCACUUCUCGCCUCCGAUUCAAACCAAUGCAGCACUGGUAGCAGGUUACGGUACAUACGACGAACUCGAUAAUAGAACAGCCUCGUCCAUCCAUACUAUUCCAAAAUCAGUACCUUUGGACUUCAUUAAAAUUACCAAAUCACACGAGAAAUUAUAUCUCGAAGAAUUCUAUAACGAGUUCGCAUCUAUAAUUCUCCCAUUUAAUGGUUAUGACAAAGCUACAUCUACCUACAUGAAUCCAGCAAGAGAUAUUCUUCUAACGUGCGCUGCCAGAGAGACAUAUUUGCUUGCAGCAAUUCUAGCGCAGGGUGCUAAAUCUAAUUUUAAGAAAAGUGGGAUCCAAGAGGAUGAAAAACUAUACUGCUAUUAUUUAUCAAAAUGCCUACAAUUGUUAGGACCAGCUUUAGGAAAGAGCAAGGGUAAUGAUGAGACAAAUAAUAGUAACAGUAAUACAGAUUCCAACUCAACGGAUCUCACAUCCAAUAUAGAAGCUGUAUUACUUACCGUCCUUUUGUUAACAUCUGCAAAUGCGUCAGCUACAAAACAGAACUGGAGAGCUCAUCUUCGGGGUGCUAAAGACUUACUAUUAAAAUAUUCCUUCACCAGUAGCAGCAAACACAUCAAGCAAGUUCGUAGAACCCCAAUAUUAAUAUUCUGCAAAUUUUGGUAUGUGUCAAUUGAAGUGCUUGCUGGCUUAUCUUCAGAAUAUGGAGGCACAUUAAAGGCUGAGGAAGACUUAGAUAAACUUAUCACCCCAGGAGAUGAGUAUGAAGUCUUUGUGAUGAAAUCAUUUAAAAUUAUCAGAGAUGACGGGUUUAAUAUAUUAUUUGGCUACUACAAUGAUUGCAUAGUUCAUUUGAGAGAUUUAAUAAAAAUAAUUAAUAGGAUUAGAGCAAAGCCACCGACAGGAUCAGAACCACCAGCUACCGCCUUUGAAUACUUCAGACUUAUAUCUGCGUUUUACGAAGAAUCUCAGCGCACCUUCGUAGACUCUUCUGGUAUUGUGAACGAAGAUCGCCUAGCACAUAUUUCCCCUGGUGGUUCUCUAAUUGAAACGUUUGCAAGUAGAUCUAAGAAUCGCUUGCUGGUAAGCUGGGUGGAUAUCCUGCAUCAAUCUUACAUAAUUGGUUCAUUAGUUACUAUAUUAACCAGGGGCUUUCAUUUAUCAAGUUCAUCAACUCAGGUACAAGAGUUAGUGAGCAGGUUUAUACCCUUUUUGGAAUUCUUAAACUUUUCAGAUCCACCAUCUAUCAAGUACUCAGUAUUGAUGAUUCAAUGGCCAGUUCUGAUCAUAGGAUUACAUUGUAUAAAUGAAGAUCAUAGGUUCUUAGUAAUGAAAUUUUUCAGACUCUCUGCUCAAAUUGGUUCUGGCAGUGCAGCAAUAUCUUUGCGUAGGUUGCACAAGGCAUGGAACAAUAAGAAUGAAGCUGAUGAUGGCAGCUCAGAAGAUUUAGAUAUUGACUUAAUGACUUACUAA